AUGACAGCGCCCCGUCGCAGAUUUUUUGUGCUGGUAGCCUGCUUCAUCUUCGAGACGCUGAGAAAUCUCUCCUUGACAGAGGAGCAAUGCAGAGCUACGUUUCCAGGGUUAAUGAUGGAGCUUGAUGAUGCGGUGGCUCGAGGUCCAUUUAAGUUGGAGAAGGAACCAGAUGACUAUACUGGAAUGGUGCAGCUGAGAAUCAAAGAUGGAAAAAUGUACAUUAUAACUGCAGAACACCGACCAAAUCGAGACAUGGGCUUCGAGCGCAACGCAGUCCUCUACCAACUCCACCGCGCCCUUAUCACCUCACCCACACCCCUCCCAAACACAAUCAUCACCCUCUCCAUCCUUGACACACCCCACACCAACGCCCUCUCUUUCGCGCGCUCCAAUGACCCCCAGAUCCCUUCCCUUUACUGGUUAAUGCCCCACUUCUCCUUCUGGGCGUGGCCCCUCCCAUUCAUCGGCACUCUUGACUCCGCCCUUGCUCGAAUAUCAGCCGUCGAAACAUCCACUCCCUGGUCCAAGAAAAUAGAUAAGGUUGUAUGGAGAGGAACAGCAUGGUUCAAUUCAGUGGGCAAUACGAAUCUGAGACCGAAGUUGCUACAGGUGACAAAGGGGAAGGAGUGGGCAGACGUCGAGGAUUUGAAGUGGUUUAAUAAUGCAGAGAAAGCGAGGAAUUCUCUCCUCAUCAAAGACUUUUGCAAAUACAAAUAUAUUAUUUAUACCGAGGGGAUAACAUACUCCGGCCGCCUCCCCUUCCACCAAUCCUGCCGCUCCAUAAUCCUCACGCCACCCCUCACCUAUCUAAUGCACACAACGCACCUCCUGCGUCCCUUAUUCUCCAGUACUCUCACUCUCCCCAGUUCGCCCCAUUCCCUUCCCUUCACUCAACAACCAGUUCCCAACUCCCGCUGGCCCAAAUCCUAUCCCCCCUCCCAAGCAAACAUCGUCUUCAUUUCCCCCGACUGGUCAGACCUCGAAGCGACCAUCACCUGGCUUCGCAGCAACUCUGCUAUAGCUGAAGGCAUCGCGGAGAAGCAGAGAGAGGUGGUCAAGAAAGGGUAUUUGAGUGAGGCGAGCGAGGUAUGUUAUUGGAGGAGUCUUGUGAGGGGAUGGAGUAGUGUGGCGAGGGUUGAUGAGGAGGAGUGGGGGAGUUGGGAUGAUGAGGGGAGGGAUGUUAGGGGGGUGAGGUGGGAGGAGUUUAGUUUGACGCAGAAGUCUUGGGACUGA